GAUACAACCUCUACUGCCGGACCACGAAAACUGCAGUGCGCGCGUGUCAAAGAGCAACACAACAGAAAGAGAAGAAAAGAAAAGAAACAAGGAUGAACCGCAUUGUGAAGGUCAACGUGGGUGGAAAACGCUUCCAGACUCGGCUCUCCACCCUCCUUCGUUACCCCGACACAAGCUUCGCAAAAAUGUUUAAGGGGCUCACCUCAUCCUCGUCAGCAACUGCGCAGCAAACACCGUCUUCCUCUCUCGCCGCCACGGAUUCUCCCACGGAGGAAAGCGAAGACGUCUUCGUCGACGCAAACCCAAAUGUUUUCGAGAAGGUGCUGAGCUUUCUGCGCACCAACCACAUCCAACUGCCCGUUAACGACGAAGGCCUGCGUGCGGAGUUGGUGAGCAACCUAAAUGCGUGGGACUUGAUGCCAUACGCCUUUCCCUCCUCCGCCUCCGCAGGCGACAGCCAGGUCGACGCGAGCGGAUCCGCGCAGACGAUGGAGUUGCCCGAUGUGUGCGUGGUGCAACUGUGCGAUCACAUGCAGCACGACCAGGGCGUGAAGCGGCACGCCAUGACCAUCACCUACGGCUCCGACGGUUUCCAGCUGCGGAGGCUGACGCAGAUGAUCCGACGAGACUUGAAUCAGCAACUCUCAUCCACCUAUUGGCAGUGCUACCAAACGAACGAGAGGGCGGCGUUCUUCGCCACAACAAAGGUGGCGAACGGCGCGGCGGACAUCCUGACAACGUCCAUCACGCAGCAGGUCAUCGAGCACACGGAGAAGAUGGGCUACCACCUGACGAGCUCCUACGUGACCUUGAGCCCGGACGUGGUCCACACGAGUGUGCGGAUGCUCAUCCACAACUUUGUUUUUCGCCGAGUGCGGCUGCCUUCGCUGGAAGCCGCGGAUGCGUCGGCGCUGCUCGGCGACGAGGGCGAGGAGGUCGAAACGUACCAAAACUUUGAGCCGCGGCCGGUUGGACCGCAGAAAACGCAGUGGGCCGACUCGCCCUCCUUGCCUCACCCGCAGGAGAAGUCGGAGGAUGUUUGGAAGUGA